AUGGAUAGCCUUUAUAUCUCAUCAAACCAAGUAACCUCCUCAAAGAAGAAGCUUGCUUUUCAGGCAUUAGCUCUUCUUGCUGUUGUUGGAGUUAUAGCAACAGUUGCUGUCGCGUAUACUCGUUCCCCAUCAGCUUUGAUUCUACAUGAAUUAGAAGUGGAAGAACAAGAGUUCCAAGUCUUUAUGUCAAAAUACCAAAAGGUUUAUGCAACCCCAGAAGAGUAUCAUACCAGAUUCCAAAUUUUCCGCGACAAUGCUGCUUUUGCUAGAGUUCAUAACUCCCAAGAAAAAUCAUGGUCUCUCGGAGUUAAUCAAUUUUCUGACCUGACUUCAGAAGAAUUCAAGAACAAGUACACUCCUUACAAGUUCCCUCAAUAUAGUGCUUCUCCAUUCGUUGAAGAAAACGAAGACCUUACUCACCCUCUGUGAGUAAAUAAAACAAAUUUGUUUGCUCAGGGUUUUGUUUUUUAAAAAAUUUUAUAGUAAAAUUUUUUCGAAAUUUAAAAAAUCUAAUUUGGAAAAUUUUGGAAAGCAAAUAUAAAUUUAAAUUGUAAAAUUUAUGUUUUAAAAUGCAUUCGCUCAAAAUUAAACAGAAUUAGCUAAAGAUUUUAUUAUACUAAUUAUCACCUAUAUAUCAAAACUUUUUUCAUAAAAAUUUUUGGGGUUUGGGCAAAAAAUAUAGAGUUUUGUUCACUCGGGGUGAGUUAGCAUUCCAAGCACUGUAGAUUGGAGACAAAAAGGCGCAGUAACUGCAGUUAAGAAUCAAGGGGACUGUGGAAGCUGUUGGUCAUUCUCCACAACAGGAGCAGUUGAAGGAGCUUGGUUCCUCGGCGGCCAUAGCCUUGUUUCUCUAUCCGAGCAAGAGCUAGUUGAUUGCUCAACCUCUUAUGGAAAUGCAGGCUGCAAUGGUGGACUUAUGACAAGCGCUUUCAAGUUUGCUAUUGCCAAUGGCUUAACUACUGAAGCAAAUUACCCUUAUACUGCCAAAAACGGACAAUGCAAUACGUCACUUGAAAAGCAAAUAGCUGCCAAAAUUACUACUUAUAGCAAUGUAUCUCCUAACAACUCAAACGCUCUAUUGCAAGCUGUAGCUCAGCAGCCGGUUUCAGUAGCAGUCCAAGCUAACCAAAGAGCAUGGCAGUCAUCCUACAAUAAACUGAAUUAAGCAUUAAUAUGGUCAUUGUAGUGCAAUUCUUUUUUAUAUUUUAGUAUAGGUAUUAAUCAGAAUUACUAAGAUCUGGCAUAUACACUGGAGGAAUUGUAACAGCAGAUUGCGGAACUGAUCUAGAUCACGGUGUCCUUAUUGUAGGAUAUGAUAAUACUAAUAGCCCUCCUUAUUGGAUUGUCAAGAACUCAUGGGGCGCAAGCUGGGGAGAGGAAGGAUAUAUCAGAAUCGGAAUCCAGACUGGCUUAACUUAACUUAACUUAACUUAACUUAUUAGCCAUCACGUUUAACGUCUCCUACGGGGUUGCUCUUCCAGGACUACCACCACGCUCUCGUCGCCCGGGGCCCACUAGUUGCUGGGACAGCUAGCUUCGAUCUCUAACGUGCGCCUCCUGCGCGAUGUUCCGGCUUCGACAGCUCAUGAAUGAGCUACUUUCUCUGUAACGAAGGUUGCCUGCUGAGAAAUUCCAAAAAAUGGAAUUUCUGGCCGACUUUCGGCAAAAAAAGGGAAAACUUGCACCCGGGCGAAACUCCCGGUUUCUCGCUAGAGACUUGCCCGAAUGGCCUAGGAAUUACCUGUAGGCAUUACUGGGCUUCCCCUUUCCAACUCCAAGCCUCCUUUUCCUUCGAGGUAAAAUCCUAACCCGAGAACAGACUGGGAUCAGGCUCUGUACUCUGCCAGAAUUGCUUACCUGAUAUUGCUGUCCAUCUCUAGCUAGGCAAAACCUUGCCGGAUAUAAUUAUAGGGCUCGAAACUAUCUGGCCGAAAGGCCAGACCCAAGUUGAGACGCCAUAUUUAAUUAAUUAUGGAAUCCAGACUGGCAAAGGACUUUGUGGAAUCAACAUGACUCCUUCAUAUCCAACUGCUUAA